CAUCGCCCAGGCUUUUUCUUUUUCUCUCUGUCUUUGCCCUCGCCAGCUCCUUCUCCCAUACCGCACCAGAAAGGACCUACCAAAGAUGCUUAGAAACAUCUCUCGCCUGGCUUUCCCCCUUGCGCGCGCUCAGCCCGUCAGCAUUGCCCGUGGUUUCGCCAACACCACUGUCUUUGCUGCUGCCGCCAAGCCCGGAACCGCUGAGGUUUCCUCGAUCCUCGAGGACCGCAUCCUCGGCUCCAGCGCCUCCAUCGAUAUCCAGGAGACUGGCCGUGUCCUCUCCAUCGGUGACGGUAUUGCCCGUGUCUAUGGUCUGAAGAACGUCAAGGCCGAGGAGAUGGUUGAGUUCUCCUCUGGUGUCAAGGGUCAAGCCCUGAACUUGGAGCCCGACAACGUCGGUAUCGUCGUUUUCGGUAACGAUCGUCUCAUCAAGGAGGGUGACAUUGUCAAGCGUACCGGCGCUAUCGUCGACGUCCCCGUCGGUCUCGGUCUCCUCGGCCGUGUCGUCGAUGCCCUCGGCAACCCCAUUGAUGGCAAGGGCCCCAUCGCCGACGUCACCCGCCAGCGUGUCCAGGUCAAGGCUCCCGGUAUCAUUCCCCGUGAGUCCGUCAAGGAGCCCAUGCAGACCGGUAUCAAGUGUAUCGACUCGAUGGUCCCCAUCGGCCGUGGCCAGCGUGAGCUGAUCAUCGGUGAUCGUCAGACCGGCAAGACCGCCGUCGCCCUCGACACCAUCCUCAACCAGAAGAAGUGGAACAACGGCACUGAGGAGUCCAAGAAGCUCUACUGUGUCUACGUCGCCGUCGGCCAGAAGCGCUCCACCGUCGCUCAGUUCGUCCAGACCCUUGAGGAGAACGAUGCCCUCAAGUACUCCAUCGUCGUCGCCGCCACUGCCUCUGACUCUGCCCCCCUGCAGUUCCUGGCCCCCUACUCCGGUGCCGCCAUGGGUGAACACUUCCGUGACAACGGCAAGCACGCUCUCAUCAUCUACGAUGACUUGUCCAAGCAGGCCGUCGCCUACCGUCAGAUGUCCCUUCUGCUUCGUCGUCCCCCCGGUCGUGAGGCUUACCCCGGUGAUGUCUUCUACCUCCACUCUCGUCUCCUCGAGCGUUCCGCCAAGAUGAACAAGUCCCUCGGCGGUGGCUCCCUCACUGCUCUCCCCGUCAUCGAGACCCAGGGUGGUGAUGUCUCUGCCUACAUCCCCACCAACGUCAUUUCCAUCACUGACGGCCAGAUCUUCCUCGAGGCCGAACUCUUCUUCAAGGGUGUCCGCCCCGCCAUCAACGUCGGUCUCUCCGUCUCCCGUGUCGGUUCCGCUGCCCAGGUCAAGGCCAUGAAGCAGGUUGCCGGCUCCCUCAAGCUCUUCCUUGCCCAGUACCGUGAAGUCGCUGCCUUUGCCCAGUUCGGCUCCGAUCUCGAUGCCUCCACCCAGUUCACCCUCAACCGUGGUGCCCGUCUUACUGAGCUGCUCAAGCAGAACCAGUACAAGCCUCUUUCCCUCGAGCACAUGGUCAUCAUCAUCUACUCUGGUGUCAACGGCUUCCUUGACAAGCUCCCCGUCAACCGCGUCACCGCCUUCGAGGCCGCCCUCGUCCCCUACGUCCAGGCCAACGCCCCCGAGAUCUUCGAGACCAUCAAGAAGGAAUCCCAGAUCAGCCCCGCUCUGGAUGCCAAGAUCCGCACCGUCCUCGGUGACUUCCUCAAGACCUUCCAAUAAAUUAUAGCUUCAUGUGACAUACACUUCAUGCUGGAAGGAGCUGGGAUGUUUCUCAGAAGAUAUAUACAACUGGUCGAGUUUUUGACUGAGCUGCCUGCUUAAUACAUAAUUCACUGAAAAAAAAA